AUGUCAUAUUCUGUCUCCAACACGGCACUUGGUUUCGCAAGAGUUUGGAGACAAGUAGAUGCAAAAGAUCAAAUCCUAGGAAGAUUAGCUACACAAAUAGCCAAUACAUUAAUGGGAAAAUAUAAACCAUUCUUUGAUCCUCGAAUUGAUAUAGGUGAUUAUGUUGUGGUUACAAAUGCUAGGUUAAUUAAAGUUACAGGAAAAAAAGAAGCCCAAAAGAUUUAUUAUUCUCAUAGUCAAUAUCCAGGAGCAUUAAAAGAAACCCCAUAUUCCAAACUAUUAGAACAAAAUCCAACCAUGAUUUUGAGAAAAGCCUGUUUCAGGAAUCUUACCUAA